UAUAUUUGAAACUAGAGAGGGCUAGGCACAAUUCCUGGCUCACCAAAGCAGCCUAAUACUUAUAGAGAGCAACUUCGGACUGUCAUAGAGACCAGAGGGACCACAGCAUGAUGACACCCUGAGUGGAUUGAUCUUUUCAUCCCUCGUCCUCCCAGCAUGAUACAAAUAAGAGGCUGACUGAAACUUGGCCUUCUGCAGAGAAAACACCUUCUCUUCACUGCCCUCAAGAUGGAGCCAAGCCUGCUGCUGUGGGGAAUCCUCACAUUCGUCGUGGUACAUGGCCACGUGACAGAACUGUGUGAUGAAAACCCGCCAGAUAUCCAACACGCCACAUUCAAAGCCCUCACAUACAAGACGGGCACCAUGUUAAAUUGUGAAUGUAAGAAGGGCUUCCGCAGAAUAAGCAACGGGUCAGCCUUCAUGCUGUGUGCAGGAAACUCGAGCCACUCCUCCUGGGAAAACAAAUGCCGGUGCAUAAGUACCUCCCCAAGGGUCACAGAUGGACAAAUUAUCCCUAAACCUGAAGAACAGAAGGGAAAAAGCCCCAUGGGAAUGCAGAGCCAAAUGCAGCCCACGGACCAAGUUAACCUUCCAGGUCACUGCAGGGAGCCUCCGCCCUGGGAACAUGAAGAUUCGAGGAGAAUUUACCAUUUUGUGGUGGGCAGGACAGUUCACUACCAGUGCAUGCAGGGAUUCAGGGCCCUGAAGAGGGGUCCUGCCAAGAGUGUCUGCAAAACGACCUGUGGGAAUGCAACGUGGACACAGCCCCGACUCCAGUGCAUAAGCGAAAGGACGUGAUGGCUGGUUCCAGAUGACGAAGAGCCUCAAGCCAGCACUGAUGCUGCUCCUGGGAGUGACACUUCCUGUCCCUCAAUAACGGCAAGUACUACAGAUUUCCAGAGACAUACGGAAGUGGCUAUGACCACGGAGUCAUUCGUAUUCACAACCGAGUAUCAGAUAGCAGUGGCCGGCUGCGUCCUCCUGCUGAUCAGUAUCGUCCUUCUGAGCGGGCUCACCUGGCAGCGGAGAUGGAGGAAGAGUAGAAGAACAAUCUAGAAAACCAGGAGUGCUAAGAAGCUAAGAACACCUCACAGAAAUCGCGGAGCACAAGCAGAAUCAAAGAAGUUGAACACUCACCCAAGACGCAUCUCCUGUGAGAUCUCCUGGGCUUUGGAAAACUCGGAAGCCACAUGCCAGAGCCCCAGGCGCCUGCAACCUCAUUACAAAGCCAGCUCUCUAGUGCCAAUGAGUGAACUCGACCUGCUUCUGGGCAGCAAUUCUAAGGUCAUUGGAGGAAUAGGGAGGGACAACCAGAACUCUAGGUCUUAUUUUCAUGUCUACAUGUUCAUUGAAGCUUGAGCACCAGGGAACUCUCUCCAUACCAUAUACAGGUUAAAGAAAAGUAGCUUCAUGUUCAUUUCAUCCAUACUUCCCAGUUUAGAAAUCCCAAGGAAAACCCUAGCAUAGAAUAUAAAUACACACACACACACAUGCACACACACGCGCGCACACACACACACACACACACACACUCCUUACCCCAUGUAAUUGGACUCUCCAUUGAUUGAUGCAGAUCCCUGUCCCAGCUUCUGGGUGAUUAGCCCAUUCUCCUGGCCACAUUCCAUAAUGAACACCUUCCAAGAACUCUGAACCGGUAACUCUGAAUCUUUUUGUCCUUAGCUCUGUUCUCUAAGCUAGCCUCCUUCCACUGAACCUUCUUCAAUUCUGA